AUGAGGGCCAAGGCAGCUGGGAAGCCUGUUGGGGUCAAGCUGAAGCUGAAGGGGGUGGUCGACUGCUCGUUUCUGACGUCGCUGCAUGCUCUAGACGUAAGCUCCAACAACCUGCGCGACUUGUGUUGGCUGUCCAGCUUGCACUCUCUGCGCGUGCUGAACAUCUCGGACAACAGCAUCACCGACAACAAGUCGCUCUCGCUUGUCACUCUCCGCAACUUCACCUCCCUGCUGGAUCUCAACCUGUCAAAGAAUCACAUCGGAGCGACUGGCAGUCGCCUGCUGCUGGAGACUCUGCCCUUCAUGAGGGACCUGCGCAAACUUGAUCUCAGUCACAACGACAUUGAGCAUGAAGGACUCGCUUGUCUUGUCGCCGGCUUCAGCUGGAUCUCAGGCCUGGAGAGCCUGUCUCUCGGCUCCAACUCGCUGGGCUGCGACGCAGCUGAAGAGCUCGCAGCUCAUCUUCACAAGCUCUCGAGAUUGACCGAGCUGGACCUGAGCGACAACGAGCUCACGAGCGACUGCUGCGACUCCUUCGCCCGAGGCGUCACGAGUUUGCGCGAGCUACGAGCGCUGGGGUUGAGGGGAAACAAGAUCGAGAGCGAGGGAGCGUCCAAGCUCUCCGCCUGCUUCUCAGCCAUGCGUCUCCUCCGAGACUUGGACGUGAGUCGCAAUGCUCUCCAGCCCUCGGGCGCGUCGCUCCUUGCUGAGUCUCUCGCGCACCUGGUGACGUUGACACGGCUCGACGUGUCAGCCAACAGCAUCAGAGACGAGGGCGCCGUCGCUCUCUGCCAUGGCUUGACUUGCGCCUCCCGACUUGACAGGCUGACCCUCGACGACAACGAGAUCGCACGUGCCGGAGCUCUUGAGCUGGUCAGCUCAGCUCACCUCUGGCCUCGGCUGCGAUGCUUGAGCCUGCGCGGCAACGAGAUUUGCUCUCCUGUCCUUCAAACCGUCGCGAGCUCCUUCCCCGAGUACGUCAAGAUCAUCGAGUGAGGGACGUCCCUCACCUGGUUUCCGCAACGCGGAUAAACAUGGGAUGACUUCCAAGCAUGAAUCAUGGAAUAAUAUUUCGAACAGAAACAAUGAAUUGCAGACUUGCAUG